UCAACAAACACACGUGCCAGAGGUAGCCAGAUUUUAAAGGGACAGCAUAUUUCCUCCCAAAACACACAAAUAAUGGAGAAGAAAGUGCUACGCGAGGUGGUGAAGUACUUGAAGCUUGACAAAGUGAAGAUAGAUUCUGAUAAGGACACGGUUGCAGUGGAGGCCAAGGGGAAGAGGACCUCAGGAUUCGUCUGCGGCACCCUGGCACUGGUCCGCACCUUUGGGCCACACCUGGAGGGCACCACACACCUGGAGAGAACCCUGACACACUCCUGGCUCACCUAUUUUUCCACGAGACUCUUUCACUGUGCUUCAUUAGAGGCAUUGGGGAGCUGUCUUCACCAUGUCAAUAAGGAGCUGGAAAACCGCGCCUUCCUGUGUGGCUUCAGUCUGACCAUAGCCGAUGUGGUCUUGUUCCUGACGCUACAUCCUUUUGUCACUACCUGGUCAUUUAUGCAUAAGGAGCAGUACCAGAACCUCUCCCGCUGGUUCAAGACAGUACAAAGUGAUGAAAGGUUCUCUGCCACUCACUCCCCAGUUCAGUUUUCCAGAACUGCACUAUAUGGAGGUUCUGUUCGGGUUCAUUGAUAUUAGCUGAGGUUCAAUAGGUUCUUUUUUUUUUUCUUUUUUUUUUUUACAUAUUUGUAUUUUUUUUAUUGUUUUUUAUUUUUUUUUUAUUUAGCUAUUUCUUCUUAUCUUUUUAUUGCUUUUAUUUGUUCUUUGCCUUUUCUUUAUUUUUCAUUUUCUUUUUCUCCCUUUAUUUAUUUUUUUUCUUAUUUCAGGUUCUCUAUCUCUCUGUCCUCCCUUUUCCUCUUUUUUUUCUAUAAUUUCUCAAGUCCAUACUUUCUUUCUCUGUUAUUUCCUUCAUUUCUCUUUUUAAAACUUUUCUAUCUUCUCUUCUAUUCCUUUAUUUAUUUUCUUUCUUUCCUCUUCUAUUCCUUUACUUUAUAUUUCCUGUAAUCCCAUCUUUUUCUCCUUUCCUUUCCCUUCUACUAAAAUUAUUCUUCCCUGCUUCUCCACAAAUUAACUAACUUUUCCAUCAACAUUCAGUCAUCUGUUAUUCCCUCAAAGUGUCAGUCUUCGUUUGCUCUGAGAUGUCAUUUUAUCCUUUACUGACUGACCAAGAGGGAUUUCCAAAGCAAUAGAAGGUUGUUUCUCUCACUUCACACUGUAAGACUGUUCUGUUACUAAAAUGGUAUCUUGUA